GCCCAUUCACUUUCCCUCCUCCUCCUUUCAAUUAAAAAAGGAAAUUUCUCGUGAAAAUACAGGCACCCCUGAUUCUUCACGAUUCCUCUUCGUCUUCUACCAUCGAACCCUUCCUCUGUUUCAUUUUUUGUUCUUUUUCAAAUUUCCGUUUUUUGUUUCUUCUGCUAUUUUUUUUUUUGUAAUUUUCUUUCUUUUUUUUUUAAAGACCGAGAAUUUGUGAACUCAAGCAAGAAAAGUCGCAUCUCAAACAAGACUGACCCGAACUUUCUUAGAAACUUCCCUCUUCUCUCUUUGGAAUUCUUCGCCUGUCGGUUUCUUUUUUAAUUUUCUUGAUUUUCUUGGAGAGACCCAGAUUUGGAUUUUUUUUGGAUCAGAGGUUUCGGAUUUCUCGGGUUCUGAUCGUUUGGAGACUUAUACCGGGAGUUUGGGGUUAGGGUUUUUGCUUAGGGUUUCUAUCUUUUGGUUAGGGACGUGAUGUUGACGAUGGAAGAUCGGUUUUACGGGCACGGGGACUCCCCGGUUGUCGCUGGAGACGAUGGAGGCGGCAGUGGUGAGGAACUGGAAGACGGUGAACAUCUCAUGAUUGAUCUCGAUGCGUUGAUUAAGAUUUUGGACGACAAUUCUGACCCCACCCAGGGGAGUCAAGAAGAUCAGCCACCAAACAAUUUGUCUUUUGAAGGUGAUUCAGCUCCAUAUGCUGGCAACCUUAAAGAAACCCUGUCUCCAAAUGGAUCUCAGGUGCUUGAUGUGACUCCUUGUUUGGAGAUUGACCACCUAUCAUACAACUCAGAUGGUUCAGAUUCAAAAACAAUGGGUUCAAGUGGUUCAUUCAUAUGCGACGAGAAUCUAGAUCAGCAGGUGCAAAUUCCUUCUCCUGCUCAUACCUUAUCUGCGAGUUUUAAGGAUUGGUUUUCAAUAGGCCAAGAGGUUGGCUGCAUGGAGAAGGUUGGAGUAUCCCACUUUGAGAUGCCUAGCUGUAGUACAGCAUCUAGUUUUGAAGAAGAUGUCACCUGUUCUUCAGAUCAUGGGAAUAAUGUAGUUCUCAAUCUUAUGGAGAAUGACGCUGGAAUUAAUUUCAGACGUUUCGAGGAGGGAUUUCACUCCAGAUAUCGAUCUAAUAGCCCCGUUAAGGAGAAUUCAGAUGUAAUUCGUGAAUACAGUAGUGCUUUCUCUGAAAGUAGGUUUGGAGCCCUUCAAAAUUCUUUUCCUGGAAUCCUGGAGACUUCAUUGGUGGGUGCAGAUAUGUCUUUGGCAAAUGUUAGCUCUACUGCGUCUACCAUCUGUCAGAAUUAUGAUCUCAAUCAUGAUUUUAACCAUUAUUCAUCAAUAUCAUCUUGCCUUAAUACUGAUUCUUCAAAUUUCCACACGUCCAAUAAUCCUAAUUUUCAUCCUUUUUCAAUUAAUGGAGGUAUCAUCAGUAACAUGAGGGGUACAAUAGGUGAGUUUCCAGCAGAGAAUCCCUGCUCUGAUACUAGAAUGAGUUUGAAUGCUCAUGAGAGAAGAAUUAUGACAUCUAUGUCAGAGGUGUCAGUGGAUGAUUACCCUGAUGUAAAGGGACUGAAUUUCAGAUGUGCAGGUGCUAGUCAUGCUUCAUCUAUAUAUGGUAAUUCUUUGUUUGCUGCUGAUAGAUUUGCUGAGGACAAAGCAUUACCUCAGCAGUUCAGUUAUAACCACCAGUUCAAUGGGGGAAGCCAUUCUCUUGACAUGAUUGAUGAAACUAUUGGUACAAGGUCAUAUUACAAUGCGCAUGGCAAAUUAUUUGUUGCUGAGGACUCAAAGCAGCCUUUGCCUGGUAUUCUUUCUUCUUUUUCUAGUCAGAUGCCCAUGCUUCAUGCACAGGAUGAGAAAGUAAACAUGAUGACUUUAUGUGAGAGAGCUUCACAUUUUCAGGAUAUUGUUGAUGAAAAUUUUAGUAGGUCCUUGGUUGAUAGUAGACAUGUGAAUACUUAUGCCUCGGAGCAGUAUUUGCCUGUUGAUGAGUCUAGCAAUCAGGUAGGGUAUGCAACAGAGAAGAGAGAUGAUAAAAAGCUACAGUUUAAGGGUGUCGAUUUUCACCUUUCCAAUGUCAGCCCAGAUUCUACUCUAAACAAGUCGUUAGACUGCAGAUUUCGCACUGAUGGUGACCCUGAUGUAUGUAUUAUUGAAGAUGUCAGUCAAACUGUGCAAACCAAUCAGGCUGUAGUGCUGACAAGAACCUGUAUUACUCCGCAUCAAUCUGUGUUAAAUGAUUCUAUUCCUUUCUCUGGAGGUGGAGGUCUGAGGCUUAAGGCCAAUGAUGAGCGGUUGAUCUUUCGAGCUGCAUUGCAGGAUCUUUCUCAGCCAAAGUCAGAAGCAAGACCGCCUGAUGGUGUUUUAGCUGUACCUCUCUUGAGGCAUCAGCGAAUUGCGUUGGCAUGGAUGGUCCAAAAGGAGACUGGGUUACACUGUUCAGGAGGAAUUCUUGCAGAUGAUCAGGGAUUGGGAAAAACAGUUUCAACAAUUGCACUUAUACUUAAGGAAAGGCCUCCAUCUUUUAAAGCAUUUCCAAGAGAUGCUAGGAAAGGUGAAUUGGAAACUUUAAACUUGGACGAUGAUGAUGAUGGCGGUUGUGGAACAUCUGAGCUUAAUGAAACAAAACAAGAAUCUGGUUGCUCUCAAAUUAACAAGCCAAAUGGAAGUGCACCAGAAGGAAAUUUUAUGGGGCAAGGAAAGGGAAGGCCAGCUGCAGGAACCCUUAUUGUUUGUCCCACGAGUGUACUGCGGCAAUGGGCUGAGGAGUUACAGGACAAGGUGACAACCAAAGCUAAUCUCUCAGUUCUAGUAUAUCAUGGGUCCAAUCGAACAAAAGAUCCCUGUCAGUUGGCCAAGUAUGAUGUUGUCCUUACAACAUAUUCAAUUGUGAGCAUGGAGGUUCCAAAGCAACCUCUUGCUGAUGGGGAUGAAGGCGAGAAAGAAAAGCUAGAAGGUGAAAGUGCUGCACUCAUGGGUUCUUCUUCAAAUCGGAAAAGAAAAUAUCCUCCUAGUUCUGAUAGAAGGUGCUCCAAGCACAAGAAAGGAGUUGAUACUGCACUGAUGGAGUCUAUAGCUCGGCCUCUUGCAAAGGUGGGAUGGUUCAGGGUUGUUUUGGACGAGGCUCAAAGCAUCAAGAAUCACAGAACUCAAGUUGCUAGGGCCUGUUGGGGCCUUCGGGCAAAACGUAGAUGGUGCCUAUCCGGUACUCCUAUUCAGAAUGCCAUUGAUGAUCUUUAUAGCUAUUUCAGAUUUCUUAGAUAUGACCCUUAUGCUGGAUAUAAGUCAUUUUGUUCCACUAUUAAAGUUCCUAUUACUAGGAAUCCGACAAAAGGGUACAAAAAGCUACAAGCUGUCCUAAAGACUGUGAUGCUACGGCGUACCAAAGGCACCCUUCUUGAUGGGGAACCGAUUAUUUCCUUACCACCUAAGGUGGUGGAGUUGAAAAAAGUGGAUUUCACUAAGGAGGAACGGGAUUUCUACUCUAGAUUGGAGAAUGAUUCACGUGAUCAGUUUAAAGAAUAUGCUGAUGCUGGAACUGUAAAACAAAAUUACGUUAAUAUUUUGUUGAUGCUCUUGCGCCUUCGUCAAGCAUGUGAUCACCCGCUUCUUGUGAAGGGCUAUGAUUCAGUUUCAGUAUGGAGGCCCUCAGUUGAGAGUGCAAAGAAGCUUUCUCAUGAGAAACAAGUGUAUCUUCUGCAAUGCUUGGAAGCUUCUUUGGCAAUUUGUGGCAUCUGUAAUGAUCCACCUGAAGAUGCUGUUGUUUCAGUCUGUGGUCAUGUUUUCUGCAAACAAUGCAUUUGUGAACAUCUUACUGGUGAUGACAAUCAGUGCCCUGAUACAAGCUGUAAAAAUCGACUUAAUAUGUCUUCAGUGUUUCCAAAAGCCACGUUAAAGAGUUCUCUGUCUGAGAUGCCUGGGCAGGAUUAUUCUGGUUCUGAACUUGUGGAGACAGUUGAACCUUCUUUUGAGGGUGGUUCAUAUGAUUCUUCCAAGAUUAAGGCUGCUCUUGAGGUCUUGCAGUCACUGGCCAGACCACAGAAUCAUAUACCGCCAAGUAAUUCCUUACAGGAUUUCAAUGUAAAUGAUGUAUGUCCUGAAAAUUCAUCUGAAUGUAAUGCAGGGGCUCCACUAAAAGAUAUUUCUGAUACAAAAAAAUUGAAUGUAAACAAAGAGGUAGAUGCAUUAACUAAGAUAGUUGGAGAGAAGGCCAUAGUGUUUUCCCAGUGGACACGGAUGUUGGAUUUACUUGAAGCUUGUCUUAAAAAUUCUUCUAUUCAGUAUAGAAGGCUUGAUGGAACAAUGUCAGUCAUUGCCAGAGACAGAGCUGUCAAGGAUUUCAACACCCUGCCUGAGGUGUCUGUUAUGAUUAUGUCUCUGAAAGCUGCUAGUCUCGGACUGAACAUGGUUGCAGCUUGUCAUGUUCUUCUAUUGGACCUGUGGUGGAACCCCACGACUGAGGAUCAAGCAAUUGAUAGAGCACAUCGUAUUGGGCAGACACGUCCUGUAACAGUUUUGCGUCUGACAGUUAAAGAUACAGUGGAAGAUCGUAUUUUAGCCCUUCAGCAAAAGAAGAGAGAGAUGGUGGCAUCUGCAUUUGGAGAGGAUGAAACUGGUGGUCGCCAGUCUCGCCUGACAGUGGACGACUUGAAAUACCUGUUUAUGGUGUGAUAGGAGUAUAUUACAAGAUUCGCCAGAUCUAACUCAGAUACAAAUACAGGUCCUUUUUCCAGGUAGCUGCAAUUGUUGCUGCUGCUGGAGUAGCUGAAGUUGAAGCCUUACUUGACCAUAGUUUUUGAGGGAGACUCUUUUGACAACAUUUUGUGAAUAUCACAGAAGAAUCUACAGGAUCAAAUUUUUUGUUCGUUUUGAUAUUUUUGUCUAACAGUAGACCUUCACUCUCUCUCUCUCUUUUUGAACUCAUUUCUGGCUGGUUAUAUUGUAUAGGAUGUAGAGGUUAGUUAGUAGUCUAUACCAUAGUAUAGGAAAGUUUCUGAUUAGAUUCUUUUUUCUUUUGGAAGUGUAAAUGAUAGAAUUUUCCUUCUUUUAUAAUAUCUUGUUUUUUACAACAUUCAAAAUUCAGAGUUACUAAUGAGUAUUGUUUGAAAAAAACUAUAGAUGGAUGAAUAUCGCCAAA